CUCAUCGGCUGCGUGCCAAGAAAUGUCGACAAAGUAACGGAGUCAUCCAAAACCACAACAGCAUGUUAAAGCUCGAUCAGAACCAUCGGAUCGAGAAAUCUCGCUUUUAACGCUUAUCAAGUGCACUGCCCGAAAAGUUCUCCCACGGGUUUUCACACGAUACAGAAUACUCACUUCGAUUUCAUGGUCAUUUUUUAUGAAUGACGUGACUGGCGUCAGAUAAUUUGGGAGCAAGAACCAACGCCUCAAAACUUCUUUGCCAUUCCCGCCACUCGCCCUUCCAGAAUUCAGCGAUUUAAGGCUUCCUUUGAAGUAAAUAUAGGAAUCCCAGCGAGGGAGGAUAGUUUGCCGCCUGGAGCUGCGAGCCAUUCGCCAUUAUCUUCAUUUGGCCUUGGUUGAAGCUUGAGGUGUUCCGUGCAUCAUCGUAUCAAUUUUUAAUGAUAGCAUCUUCGAUUGAAUUCUAAUCACUUUGAAUCAGCCAUGGCUUCGUAUCCGGUUGCUAACCCUGGUGGACCUACCGUGACCACUCCAUUGACAGGAACACAUAUCACGAUGGAUCGGCAGGUUGUAACCACAACAGUGACAGAAACCAGAGUGCGGGGACGAAGAGUCCGACUUUUUCUAACUGGAUUCCUGCAGUUAAUUUUUGGUGGAUUUUCCCUCAUUCCCGUCCUGCUGCUGGCACAAAAUCCUGUGACCAUAGCAGCGUGUGCUUGGCUGGCUUUUUCAGGGAUGGUUGGAUGUAUCGGAGCCUGUCUGUCAUCCAAUAAAAGCUCUACAUCGGUGAAGUACGAUGCAGCCACCCGAACUCAAAAAAUAAUGACUGUGCCACCCAUAUUUCCAAAGUUCUACAUGGGAAUGAUGGUCGUUGGGUUUCUGUUAGCUGUUGCCUCCGCCAUUCAGGGGAUCGUUUUGAUCGCUACGCAUCCUUGGUGGUACGUUAAUUUUGUUUUGGGACCGCUUGCGACGGGCAUUGGAGUGUUCUUCGCAUUGAACCAAAUGAUCAUGAUCUGCUGCGUAUCUCCCAUGGUGCAGUCGCAUACUUCUUCUGCGGAACAAGUGCAUGUGCAGCCGGUUGCGGUCACCGUUGCGCCGCCUUCAACGACAUAUGGGGCCGGGGCAUACCAGGCCGGAGCCAUUCCUUAUCAAGCAGGACCGUCUGCGCCAAGCUCCAGUUUAUAUCCAUAUAUUGACGAACCGGUCAAGGAAGACCCUCCGUCGUAUUCUGAAGCUACGCGUUUCGAUCACCCUCAGAAAACGCCUACCGCACCCGAAUUUUGACAUCUUCGCAUACAGCAGCACACGUGGACAUUUUUACUGCACCGUUGGAUCAUGUUUUCAAGUUUUUUUACUUAUUGUGGUCUUGCAAUUUAAAUGUUGCUGUACACUUGCAGAUUAAAAUUCUAAUUGUCUAACGAUAAAAAUAGGUUCUGUUGUAGGUUUCAUGGGUGCAUUAUUAAAUGCAAACAAACGUG